UUACAUUCUGCGGAAUAACCCCUUUAGUCAGUUAAUAUGCUUAUGUGCAAAAUUCAAAAAAUAAUCACCAUUGCUCCCUUGUUGAAUGUUAUUGUGGCACACUGUUCAUUCGGAGACAGGAAGUAGUUCUUUUGUAUGCGCGUGUGUAGCUUUCUCCGCGCAGCGGUUAGUGGGAUGGUGGCUGUGUACUAGACAUUUGAAUGACAUUCAGACGCUGUGUUGUCUUUCCUAUUUAGUUUCACCUUGUCAGACGAAAAAUGGAAGCUCUGAUUCCUGUGAUAAAUAAGCUUCAGGACGUGUUUAACACGGUUGGAGCAGACAUUAUUCAGCUGCCGCAGAUUGCUGUUGUUGGAACCCAGAGCAGUGGAAAAAGCUCUGUCCUAGAAAGCUUAGUGGGAAAAGACCUGCUUCCUAGAGGUACAGGGAUUGUUACUCGACGACCCCUCAUAUUGCAGUUAGUUCAUGUUUCCUCUGAAGACCAACAAAAAGCCACAGUGGAAGAAAAUGACUUCAGUACCUGGAAAAAUGGAUGCUUUUACAAAGGUGGUGAUUCAGAAGAAUGGGGGAAAUUUCUACACACAAAAAAUAAGAUCUACAACGACUUUGAUGAAAUCAGACAAGAGAUAGAGAAUGAAACAGAAAGGAUUUCUGGAAAUAAUAAGGGUAUAAGUCCAGAGCCUAUUCACCUGAAAAUCUUUUCACCUCAUGUUGUCAACCUUACACUGGUGGAUCUUCCUGGCAUUACUAAGGUUCCAGUGGGAGACCAGCCAAAAGAUAUUGAAGUCCAGAUCAGAGAUCUAAUCUUGCGAUACAUCAGUAACCCUAACUGCAUCAUUCUUGCUGUAACAGCUGCGAACACCGACAUGGCAACAUCAGAGUCCCUGAAAGUUGCCAGAGAGGUUGACCCUGAUGGAAGAAGAACUUUGGCAGUCAUCACCAAGCUUGACUUAAUGGAUGCAGGCACUGAUGCCAUGGAUGUACUGAUGGGCAGAGUUAUACCAGUUAAGCUUGGAAUCAUUGGUGUGGUUAAUAGGAGUCAGUUGGAUAUUAAUAAUAAGAAAACUGUUGCAGAAGCUAUUCGAGAUGAAUAUGCAUUUUUACAGAAGAAGUAUCCCUCUUUGGCUAACAGAAAUGGAACCAAAUACCUUGCCAAAACUCUAAACAGGUUAUUAAUGCAUCACAUCCGAGACUGCUUACCUGAGUUGAAGACAAGAAUUAAUGUUCUAGCUGCCCAGUAUCAGUCCCUGCUUAGCAGUUAUGGUGAGCCUGUUGAGGAUAAGAGUGCAACAUUGCUGCAGCUUAUUACAAAAUUUGCAACAGAAUACUGCAAUACUAUUGAAGGCACUGCGAAAUACAUUGAGACUUCAGAACUGUGUGGUGGAGCCCGUAUUUGUUACAUAUUUCAUGAAACGUUUGGUCGUACACUGGAGUCUGUAGAUCCUUUGGGUGGCCUCACAACUAUUGAUAUUCUGACAGCUAUCAGAAAUGCUACUGGUCCACGUCCUGCAUUAUUUGUUCCAGAAGUUUCCUUUGAGCUACUAGUAAAGCGUCAAGUUAAGCGAUUGGAGGAACCUAGCUUACGCUGCGUUGAACUUGUUCAUGAGGAGAUGCAACGAAUAAUUCAACACUGCAGCAACUACAGCACUCAGGAGUUGCUGAGGUUCCCAAAACUCCACGAUGCUAUUGUUGAAGUUGUCACUUCUCUACUACGAAAGAGGUUACCAGUUACCAAUGAAAUGGUUCACAAUUUAGUUGCAAUUGAACUUGCGUAUAUUAACACUAAACAUCCAGACUUUGCAGAUGCCUGUGGACUUAUGAACAAUAAUAUAGAGGAACAGAGACGCAACAGAAUGAGAGAUCUUCCACAAGCAGUACCUCGUGAAAAGUCCUUGAAAGCUCCUGAUGGGCUUCCUCGUGCCCCUGUGGAGUCAGCUUCUGCUGCUGAGGUGCAGGGCUUCACCUCAAAGGGUGCUAUUGCUGGAUCACAAGGUGAUAUUGCUCUGGAAGCAAAUGCCAAUGCCACAAAUUGGAGGGGAAUGCUAAAGGCUUCAAAAACAGAGGAUACAUCUUCUGAAGAUAAAAAUAAAGCUGUGCCUUCAGUCCUAGCUAGCCCACAAAAGGGUCAUGCUGUGAAUCUUUUGGAUGUGCCUGUCCCAGUGGCCAGAAAACUCUCCGCCAGAGAGCAGCGUGAUUGUGAGGUUAUUGAGAGACUCAUCAAGUCUUAUUUCCUGAUUGUCAGGAAAAAUAUACAGGACAGCGUUCCAAAGGCUGUGAUGCAUUUUCUUGUCAACCAUGUCAAGGAUAACCUCCAGAGUGAGCUGGUGGGAAAGCUCUACAAGUCUAUGUUACUGAAUGACCUUUUAACUGAAUCUGAAGAUAUGGCUCAGUGCCGUAAUGAGGCAGCCGACAUGUUGAAGGCACUCCAGAGGGCUAGUCAGAUUAUUGCUGAAAUUCGUGAGACACAUCUCUGGUGAUGAA